AUGCCUUCAGGACAAGGAGCCGGCACGAACCCAAUCCACAACAAGAAGCCCAAGGCUGCGAAGAAGGAGCUCGAUGACGAUGACAAGGCCUUCCAGGCGAAGCAGCAGGCUGACAAGAAGGCACGCGAAGAGUUGGCCAAGAAGGCCGGUGGAAAGGGUCCUCUGAACACGGGCGGCCAGGGUAUCAAGAAGUCUGGCAAGAAGAAGUGA